AUGGCUGUCCUUGUGUUAGUAUUCGUAUUGGUGUUCGUUAUCAUCCGAAGUACAAUCACAGCCCUAAGACCCGGCCUAAGAUCAAUCCCAGGCCCCUUCAUCGCCCGUUUCUCAUGUCUCUACCGGCCAUGGAAGAUAGCAAAAGGCAAUGCCCCAGACUUCUACCUGGCACUCCACGAACAAUACGGUCCAAUUGUUCGCACCGGCCCAAACACAGUAGACAUCUCAGACCCGAAGGCUAUACCGAUACUAUAUGGGAUCAGCAGCAAGUUCCUAAAAUCACCCUUCUACGAUAUAUUCAACCCCUCAUACGAAGACGAGAAAAUGCCAAACAUGUUCUCCGUCCGAGAUCCAGCACAACACCAAGCUCUGCGUCGACCAGUAGCGCAGAAAUUCUCAAUGUCUUCGAUCAAGUCUUUCGAGCCUUUGACGGACGAGUGCACGAGCAUCUUUCUUGCUGCAAUGGCAGAGCUGGAAGGACAGGCCGUUGACCUCGGUGUCUGGCUGCAAUGGUAUGCGUUCGAUGUCAUUGGCGCCAUAACGUUCCAGCGUCGCUUUGGAUUUAUGGAAGAUCGUACGGAUAAAUGGGGCAUGAUACGUGCUAUGGAGAAGGGGCUUGUGUAUGCUGGGAUUGUUGGUCAGAUCCCAGCGUUGCAUAGCUGGCUCUUGGGGAAUCGCUGGGUUGCCAGGAUUAUGGCGGCGCAGUCUUUCUUUGAGGUUGCGGAUCCUUUGCGGUCGAUUGUGCGGUUCACACAGCAAUGUAUCGAUGAGUAUGAUCGCCAGCCUGAAGAGCAUCGUGGUCGGCCAGACUUUCUUGCUUGGUUGCGAGAGAGUGAUGGGAAGGGUAACCGGGGUGACUCAACGGCAAUCUCACUUCGCGCAGUCAUCUACUUUCUGGCCAAGAACAAGUCUGUAUACGACAAGCUCCAGAAGGAGAUUGACGAAGCAGACCGGGCCGGGAAUCUGUCCGAGUAUAUAACCUAUACCGAGUGUCUCGAACUUCCUUAUCUACAAGUCGUUAUAAAGGAGGCAAUGAGAUGCCACCCGGGCGUCUUAUUCCCUCUGGAGCGAGUAGUCCCGGAUGGCGGAGUAACUCUCUGCGGUGCCCGUUUCGAGGCAGGGACCAUCGUUGGUAUCAAUCCGGCAGUGAUGCAUCACGACAAGACGAUUUUCGGAGAUGAUGCAGCCGCGUUCCGGCCUGAGCGAUGGACAGAGUCCGAUGAUGAAAAAAUAAAGCUCAUGGAUCGUCACUUGAUGACAUUUGGACAGGGGUCUCGAACGUGUAUUGGGAAGAAUCUCUCUAUCAUGGAAAUGGGGAAGCUGAUACCACAGAUUAUCCGCCGGUUUGAGAUUGAGUGGGCUUCUGAUCAGCCUCAGUGGUGUGUAGAGACGUUUUGGUUUGCGAAACAGCAUGGGUUGAUAUGUCGUCUUCGGUUGCGGGAGAGGUAG